AUGUUGACCCGAACUCUACGAAGAGUUAUCUUCACCAAAAGAAGAUUCCACCAGGUGCCAUUCCAUGAAGAUUUGACCGAGGUGGAUGACGAUCUUUUCAACUUGGAAGGGUUCAAGCACUAUAAAGAAGCUCCAGAUGUUCAAGCUUUGAGAGAGAGGCUUGGAUUACUGGGGAAUGAAGACAUUACGCCAUAUUCGAAGGAACCCCAAGACGGGAAACUAUCUGAAUCUGGUCAGAUCACUCAGAGUGCUGCUAUGCCAUCAUCAUUUGUGGAUGCUUGCAAAUUGGCUCAACCUGUGGUCUUCGUAUCAUCACUCUCCAACCCAUACUCCAAUCUCGCUAUCGAGGACUAUAUUUACAACCAAAUGCCGUUACCUGCUGAAGGAAAUGCCAAUCGGCUCAUGUUCUACGUUAACUCACCUUGUGUUGUGAUUGGAAAGAAUCAGAACCCAUGGAAUGAGGUGAAUCUUCCACUUCUCAAUAAUCUUCGAAUUCCGCUCGUUAGAAGACAGUCAGGAGGAGGCACCGUGGUGCAUGAUUCCGGAAAUGUCAACUAUUCAUUCAUGACAACCAAGGAGAAGUUUGACAGACAUACAUUUGCCAAUUUGGUGGCCUCUGCUGUCAACGCCAUACCAGGCAUCGAAAAGCGUAUAAAGGUGACGGAACGAGGCGACAUAGUAACAGAAACAGACGACUUGAAGGUGUCAGGCUCGGCGUACAAGUUGUCUAAAGGAAAAUCAUACCACCAUGGAACCAUGCUCUUGAAUCUGAAUCUCGAUGUGUUGAGACAAUUGCUCCAUCGAGACAUUGCAAAGGUUGGUAAAGUGGAGUCUCAUGCUGCCAUAGCGUCAGUUCGCUCGCCGGUGACCAAUUUGAACAUUUCCAACGAGGCUUUCGUCGAGGCUGUGAGCAAGGAGUUCAAAGAAUCGUAUGGACUUGUCCAGGAACAGGAAGAGCAGAACAUCGAAGAAGGCGAGUUUAACCAGACAGAUAUGCUUGGUCUCGAUGCGUUUGUCCAAGCAUAUUCUGGGAGGGAUUGUGUGGUGUUUAACAUAGACGAAACUACAGAAUUGACUGAGGAAGUGGACAAAGUGAAGGCUCAUUUGAUGAAUUGGGAAUGGAAGUUCGGAGCCACCACCAAGUUCACACAUACGUUCACUAGUACGGAGAAAGGUUUCCAGGUGAUCUUGUCUAUUGGAAAGAAGGGCCUAGUGGAAUCCUUUGAACUUGUAGGUGCAGACGAACCCAUCAAGGAACACUUCCAGUUCUUGCAAAUGGUGCUUGACCGUGGUGACUCCAUCCGCUACUCUGGAAGUGAAGUCGCUGGAUUCAUUACGGAUGAUGCCAUUAGCGACUGGUUGGGGGAGUCAAUCGAUGGAAGUACAUAA